GUUUUCUAUUCUUUAUUUUGUUUCUUCUUCUAAACUCGUGUUACUUUCUUGUGUAACAUCUCCUUUUGUGUUACACAGAAGAAAGGCCAUUCAAAUGCAUUUAAAACAACCAAAGUCGCAAAUGAGAGAAUUAAAAAUUUCUUGGUGAACAAUCCUUUUAACACACAAUUGUCAAAAGUUUUUUGUGCCUCUUCCAGAUGACGCUGAAGGUAGAGGGGGAUCCAGGCUAUGGCAGCAUGUCUGCCGGAUGUCGAUUCACCGGUCUGGAUGACUCGGAGACUGUUCCCCUGCUUAUUCCAGACCCCGAGCUUCGCCAGCACACCUGGAAGCCACUGAACAAAGAAGAGCUGGAGAAGUGCGCAGGUGGACCAGGAUGGAAAAAGAUUCGUUCUUGUCUGGUUCUGGCCUUCUGGGUGGGUUGGGUGAUCAUGCUGGCAAGUGCAAUCGCAGUGAUCGUUCAGACGCCACGAAUGGUGACUCCUCUGCUGCUCUGGUGGCAGAAGGAUCCCUUCUAUCGACUGCAGCUCGUUGUUGAUGCAGAGAAUGGGUUGUCUAAGCAGCUGCCGUACCUGAAAUCACUGGGGGUCGGGGUCCUGAUUCUGGAGGGUCUGUUACGUAAGGACGUCUCCCUGCCGAACCUGACGCAGAUUGAUCGAGGUCUAGGCACUCGUCCACAGUUCAGACAGCUUAUGACAGAAAGUCGUAAAGCAGGUCUGAGAAUAAUGUUGGACCUUUGCGAAAUGGGCCCGUUUGAACCAGUGUUGAGCAAUGACACUGAGGUUCGGUCGGCUGGUUCAGGAUACAUGCAGGACUCGUUAAGAUAUUGGCUGGAACAAGGUGUGUCAGGGUUUGAAUUCUGCGACACAGACGUGACCUCUGUGAAGACGCUAAUGGAGUGGGGUGUCCUGAUGCGAGAGUUCAGUUCACAAGAUGACGAAAGAAUUUUGAUGGUGAGGCAAACAGGUGUCACGCUUCCAGAAGUCACUAUGUCCAAUCUCGUUAACGGUUCACUGGUGAAGAUGGUUACAAAAUCACUGAUUCCUCCAUCGCAUCAUCCGCUGUCGGCUCCUGAAGUAGCUGAGGCCAUAGAAACCAAUCUGCAGAUGCCACAGGAAGACUGGCCAAGCUGGACUGUCGGUGGAGAAGUACCGUGGGAGCUGCAGAGAACGAUUCUCAUUCUGAUAAUGACUUUACCUGGAACUCCCAUCAUCAAGUAUGGAGAUGAGAUUAAUCCAAUACAGGAUAUUUAUGUGAACGUGUCUGAUGGGAAUGGAGAUGCCACAAAACAGAGUUUGGAUGAGCUCAGACGUCCUCUCGCCCUGUUCCGUUCUCUGAGUCAGUCACGCGCCCGUGAAGAGGCUCUCCACUUCGGCAGCUUCAUCUUCCUCCCCUUCAACACCACCAUGUCUUCCUCCACCUUCAAUGCCACAGCCACACCUCCUCUAGCGUUCCUGCGCUCAUGGGGCUGCGUUCAAUUCCUGGUGGUGUUUAAUUUGGGACCUGAACCCCACGCUGUUGACCCGGAGUGGGCUCAGAGUCUACCUGAUAGUGGGGUGUUUGUUACCAGCACUGGUCUUGACCGACUGGGCCCUGUGUCUCUUCAGUCAUUAAAACUGCAGCCACACGAGGCCAUUGUCAUAAAAUUGUUUCACACCGAUAACUCUUCCUGAGAUGUUCAUGUAAAAGGCUUGUGAUUGGUUAAGUCUAAAUUUAUGGAUAAACUGGAACUGAGAAUACAAUGGUAUGAUUGGUGGUUUAAAAUAUUAUUAUAUUAACCAAAAUAUUUAAUAAACACUAUAGGUGAGGGAUGGAGGGCUUUAGGUAAACGUGUAUUUGAUGUGCAGUGCUAUUUAAUUCUAAAUGUUAAAGGUUUUUAAAUGAAUAAAUAUUUACAAUGGCAUUAGAGUGGACUUCAGAUACAACAUACCAAUACACAAACACUUAUUCAAAACAAUUGUGCACACUAUUGUGUUAAAAAAUCUAUCUUGUUUGUAAAAUCUCAAACUGCAGGUUUCACGUACAAAACCUUGAUUGCAGUUUCUUGCAAUGUUGCACAAUGAUCACGUCCACCCGUCUUUUUUAUUUAUUUUUGUCACACGUUCUUACACAAACAAAACGUUGUGAAAGUUGUCAUACUUAAAAUGGUAACAUGAACUGGGUUGCACAAUUGAGGUAUCUGCAUGAAAUAAGAUAUUGCUGACACCAAGUUAGUGUGCUUAAAAGUUUGACUUUUUUUUUUCUUCCCCUUUGAAAAAGGCACUGCAUGUGA